CUCCUGCAUGCAAAUGUUUGUUCCUUCUGAUGACAUAAACAUUGGUGAGAUAGAAGCGUGUGAAAUCUCAGUGGACCUGGUUAGGAAGGUAUCUGGCAUUCAGUCACCACUUCGAUCAUCUAGUCCUUGCAACAAUUCUUCCGAUCUUUUCUCCUCCAGUUUCUACAUCGAACAACUUGAUAACUCUUUAAAAAAGUUGAACAUCAGAUAUCUGAAAAAUGCCCAAGUCAUCUGGAAAAUUGAACAGAUUGGUUCAAAAGUAGGAGAAAUAAACGAAGUUUACGAUGUCGCCAUAUCCCAAGACGGAGUUGUUUACGUAGCCGAAUGGCUGAAUCAGAGGAUUCAGAUCUUUGACGCAAUUUCUGGCUGUUCGAAAGUCAUAAUUGGUCAGAAUCAAGUACAGCCUUGGGGCAUAACUUUGAUUUCUGAUGGGCAUAUUGCCGUUACAGACGAAAAACAAAGAACGGUCAAAAUUUUCAACAGGCAAGGUGCAGUGAGUAGGUCGUGGAAAAAGCAACAGUUCGGAUGGCCUCGAGGAAUUACAUGCAGCAAGAAUAAAAACAUCGUCCUCACUGACACACAACACGGUCGUCACACCGUCAACGUUUUGAACGGCGAAGGAAAAUUAAUUGUUCAGUUUGAAGGCGGUGGUACCGGGAAGAUAAAAGAUCAAUUUCACUGGCCUCGUUACGUGGCUACUGAUUCUCAAAAUAAAAUAAUCGUAUCUGACGGGGCCAACCACUGCGUGAAAAUAUUCGACAAACAAGGACGCUACCUCUUCAAGUUUGGAUCGCAGGGAAGUUCGGAUGGCUUGUUGAAGCACCCGAGAGGUGUUUGCGUAGAUCAGGCGGACAACAUCCUAGUAGCCGACCACGACAACGACCGCGUAUCGAUAUUCAACAAGGAUGGAAAUUUCGUCAGACACGUCCUCAACAUUCCCAAGCCGAGAGGACUGGCCUUGAAUGAAAGAGGUCUGCUCGUCGUAUCCAACAAAUCUUCCGUCGUACUUUUUAAAAUUUUAGAUUUCAUGGCGUAGGACAUUCGUGAGAUUCUCAAUAGAUGGUUUUUAAUU